AUUUUGGAUAGAACCAUUAAAAAUGUCUACACCUAAACGCUGGUAGUGCUGUGAGGCUGUGCGUGUUUACGUUAGAUUUAUAUUAAGAGAAAAACUCGAGAAAUUGCAAACAUGGUUGAGGGCCAGGUCAAGAAAGAUCGUGUGUUCAAAAAGUUCACCUACCGUGGGGUGGACUUGGACCAGCUUCUGGAUAUGAGCACGGAGCAGCUGAUGGACCUGUUCUCAGCACGCCAGCGUCGUCGCCUCAGCCGCGGUCUGAAGCGCAAGCACGUCGCCUUCCUGAAGAGGCUGCGUAAGGCCAAGAAGGAGUGCCCUGCCUUCGAGAAGCCUGCCGUCGUCAAGACUCAUCUCCGUAACAUGAUCGUCCUGCCCGAGAUGGUCGGCUCUAUCGUAGGAGUUUACAAUGGCAAGACCUUCGUCGAGGUCGAAAUCAAGGCUGAAAUGAUCGGUCACUACCUGGCCGAGUUCUCCGUGUCCUACAAGCCCGUGAAGCACGGCAGACCAGGUAUCGGUGCCACGCACUCCUCCAGGUUCAUUCCUCUCAAGUAAACUGAACCGUCGUG